CCGAGCCGAAGUUGGACGCUUAACCGACUGAGCCACCCAGGCGCCCAGAAAAAACCUUUUUUAAAAAUUAAGAGUUGAGGUCCAGUGGAUAGAGGGGACAGAUGUGUUACAAAGCAAAUAGCAAAAAGCAAAGUGGUUACAAUAAAAUCUAGGUAGUGAGUAUAUGGACGUUCCCUGUAAAAUUCUCUCCUUUUUUCUGAACGUUUGAAAACUUUCACAGUAGAAUGUUGGUGGGGGCGGGAAUAUCCGAGAGCCCUUCUGUGGUCUGGGAAGGGAGGAAGAGAGGACGUCUGUAACACGAUGGCACGUUUACAGAGUGCCUACCAUGGGUGGAGCACUUGUCCAGACACGGGGUUGUUACUCAACUGGUCCGCGUCUGUAUUAUGGCAGCACCGGUUGUCAAAAUCUGAAGUGUUCCUGUACCACUUGGUAAAUAGCUGUCGGUUUGGGUCCUCCCCUUGUCCCCUCCCCACCAGGACACGCGGGCCCUCCUUCUGGGAUCCCCACAUCUCCCCACCAGCCAGCCGCUAAAGAACUGACACCUGGCACAGCGAGGGGCCUUGGGCCCAUUCUGAUCGGUCAGGGUCUCUGCUAUAUCGUGAAUAUUACCCCUGGAUUGGAGCAGCCUUGAACUUUACCUUCCUCCCUGCCAGAGGCCAGACCAUGGCUUGCUGGCCUCCCGCAUCCUGAGGAUGGCCCAGCCGGAGGACAAGGCCUCUGCAGGCCUCAUCGACGGGGAGAGGAUGGUUCCACCACAGGUGAAUGGAGCAGGUGAGACCCCCUUAGGGGUCCUUGGGACCCCAGAGCCGCUCCUUCGCCUGCAGAGGACACGGGGGGUGUGGCAGAUCCCAGAGCUGGCUACUCAGGAUGCGGGAGCCCUUCUUGAGCUGUGGCCACCGGGGAGUUUCCUGGUCACAGGACACAACUCCAGCCAGGUCCUGGUGUUGAGGACAGGAGCUUCACCAGGAGAAGUCUGCACCUACCAGAUCCAGAAGCUUCCUGGAGGUGUUUCUCUGGAAUACUCUAACCUCUGUAUGCCGGACCUGCCCCAUCUCCUGGCUUUCCUAUCAGCCAGCAGGGAUGUUUUGCCCAGAACACUGCUCUUGCCCCCUCCCACUCUAAGGCCAGGAGACCAACAAACAGAACCAGGGCUGGCACCUGGGACAUCUGGGACACCUCGGUUGUGCUGGCUCCCAGGUCUUGCACAGACUGGCGGCGUCCAACUCAACAUCUCGGAGAAGGUGCUCCCCGUGGUGAACAAGCUGUACCUGGAGACCCACGGAGGGUGGGGUUUGGAGCAAAUCACCGCAGAGACAUCUCCAGGGACUGCAGAAAGACACAGUUCAGCCCCCAGGAACCCUGCCCCUCACCGGGUCUCCUGGGUCGAAGGCCCGCUCAGCCCAGAAGGAUACCAUCCUGGGCCAACCCUAGCCAGCCUGGUGGAGGAGAAAGAGAAGGAGGACGAGGAUGAGGACGAGGACAGCUACAAAGAUGAAGAGAAAGGACCUGACGAUGUUCUCACCCAUCACAUCCAGGCUCUGGCCAGGGCCCGGAGCAACUACGUGGGGAGGCAGUUCCAGGGCCUUCGAGCCCGCCUCACCUCAAAUGCUGGAGGCCCCCACAGGCCCGGGGACCCAGCCACAGAGCUGCUUCAGGAUGUGCGGCACCUCCUUACCGACCUCCAGGAUCACUUGUCAAAGGACCCCGACGUCAGGGCUGUCUUUGGGAGCCGGGGGCCUGGGGUCCUCCAGAAGGAGGAGGAUCUUGGUAAUAAGGAGGACUGGGAGGGAAUUUAUGGCCAAUGCCCCGACCCACUCGGGUUCUCGUUUGCCAUCUCCGGGCCUUACGUGUGUGUUUCACACCCAACGUCUUUCUCUCCAUCCGUGUACACCUGUUUGCUUUUCCACUCACGUGCUUUUCCCUCCCUACGGGAACAUCUCUCACAUGGGCGACAGCCAUACUCCACACCCAGGCUCCCUCUUGCACACGUGUUCCCACCCAUGUCUACACUUGUGGGCGGCCAGAAGCCAGGGAGGGCUGGGGCGGGGGGGGGGGGGGGCGGAGGGUACGGCCAAGUGGAGCGAGAGGGUGGACGUGGGUCAGCCUGGCGGCCCUUCGCUCACCGACCUCAACCCCUCACAGGCGCCGCGUUGGAGGCCGCCCUGUGCCGGGCGGUGCUGGAGCCCCUGAAGCCCGCCCUGUGGACGCGACUCCGGACGCUGCGAGCCCGGGAGCUGCGGCGACUGCGGCAGCGACAAACAGCCCCGCCCUGCGGAGCCGCAUCCACGCGCGCCUGGAGCACCUCCACGCCGCCUGCGCCCCACGCCGCAAGGUGGCGCUGCUGCUGGAGGUGUGCAGUGACGUUUACGCGGGCCUGGCUCAGGGCGAGGACCAAGGUAAAGAAGGUUUACGCGCGUCUACCCGGAUGUGCGGUGGCUGGAGAAUUGGGGAGGCGCGGUGGGAGGCGCCAGUGUGCACGUCGAGGGGAGAGGGUGACCCGCUCUAGCAGGGGGCGCCUACGCGGGCCUGGGGAUCCGCCGAGAGGCGUUUGCCGGCCCAGCGAGGUGGAAGGGCAGCCCGCACUCGUGUUCUGGGGAUCGGACAGAGGGGUCUGCACGCCCGCCAUCCACCUCGGAGCCCGUUCUGCUCCGCCAGAGCCCCUGGGGGCCGACGCCUUCCUGCCCGCGCUGACGGAAGAACUGAUCUGGAGUCCGCACAUUGGGGAGACGCAGCUGGACGUGGAGUUUCUUAUGGAGCUCUUGGAUCCGGACGAGCUGCGGGGAGAAGCCGGGUACUACCUGACCACGUGGUUUGGGGCGCUGCACCACAUUGCUCACUACCAGCCCGAUGUGGGCCGCGCACCCCAGGGGCUCAGCUCUGAGGCCCGCGCCUCCCUGCGCCAGUGGCACAGCCGGCGAACGCUGCACAGACAGGACAGACAGGACCGCGGAGCCCAGGUCCAACUGCCCUUUGAGGAGCCAUGGGCAAGAGACACUGUGCCCAGAGACGGACUAUGAUAAGGGGUCCCACAUCCUCCUGUUCCUCAGGCAAGAUUCGGGAGGCGCCGAUUUCUGACCCCUGUUGGUUUAGGUGCCAGGAGGCGGCGAGGUUCCCCGGAACAGAGCCACCUCUGGGCCUUUGCAUUGGCUACUCCAUUCUCUAGUAUUUAUAUCGCUCCGUCCCUCCGUUCCUUCAGGUCUUUAGGUGGCUGUCACCUUCUCGGGGAGGCUCUCCCAGACACCCUGUGUAAAGCUGCACCUCCUCAGGCUUGACCCUCCCUGCGGCAGGCAGAAUAAUGCCCCCCCCAAGACAUCCACCUCCUGAUCCCCCAAAUCUGUGAAUAUGUUACCUUACAUGGUCAAAGGGACCUGACAUAUGUGACCAAAUGAAUGAUCUUGACGUGGGGAGAUUAUUCUGGAUCAUCCUGGUGGACCGGUAACAUCACAGGAGUCCUCUUAGGAGGGAGGUGGGAGGGUCAGAGUCAGAGAAGGAGAUGUGAUUUUGUAAGCAGAGGUCAGAGUGAUGUGGCCAGGAGCCAAAGAAUUGUCUAGAAGCUGAAAAAGACGGGGAAUGGAUUUCCCCCUGGAACCUCCAGAAAGAAUUCGGCCUUUGAUUUAGGCCCUAAGACCCGUUUUGGACUUCUGACCUUUAGAACUGCAAGAUAAUACAUUUGUGGUUUUUUGAGCCGCUACAUUUGUGGUAAUUUGUUACAGCAGCAACAGGAAGCUGAUAUACUGUCUUACCCCAAUCUUUAUUUUCCUUCCAUAGAAAUGAUCACUUCCUAACAUACCAUAAAAUGUACAUAUUGUGUUAAUUGUCCAUAGGCUCCCGUCCCUUAGAACAGCACAGCACCAUCCAAGAGAAAUACAAUGCAAGCUAGAUAUGCAGUUCUAAAUAUUCUAGUAGCUACGUUACAGAAAACUAAAAACUCAAGUGAAAUUAACUUUAAUAACCUAUUGGA